GACGCGUCCACCUCCCCUCCCUCCCAAACACCCCAUCCCAACGCCUUCAAGACCAAGAUAAAAAAAAAAAAAUGGACCACCACCGGCUAAUCGAACUGCAAUCGGCGGCGGACUUCACCUACCUGUACGGCAACACGGUCGCGCUGUCGCGCCAAAAACUCGAUCUGCAUCUUCCGCCGUCGGCGAACCCCAAUGACGGACCGGAUCCGAUGCGCGAGCGUGUGAGGGAGUUGGUUGAUGAGUACAUCCACCAAACCUUCCACACCGCCUCCAGCAGCAUAAGCAUCAACGGGCUAGACAGCACCUCCCCCGAGUUCCCGUUCCCGGGGGCCUUCACCGCACCAACCGAACAAGUCGAGUACGAGGCAUACGACGGAAAGCUCGCGUCGCGGGUGACAUCACUAUAUGCGCAGCUGGAGUCGUUGACCACGACGGUGGCGCAAUUGCGUCGCGAUGCGCCGGGACGGGCGGCUAGGGCGUAUGCAGAGAAAUUGAGCCGGGCGAUUGAGGAAGAUGAUGAUGACGACGACAACGACGAUCAGGAUGCUGAGGAUGGCGAGGGUGAGGAUGGGGAAGAGAUGAAGGAGGAAGAUGGGAAUGGGAAUGGAGGGCAGACUACAUCGAAUGCGAAUGUGGAGGGACAGGAGGGGCAGGAAGGCCAGCAGGGUGAUUCAGAGAUGGUUGAUGCGGACAAUCCUCUACAUACGCAGGGUGAGGAGAGGGCGCAGAGAGCGAAGAGGAGGGCGAAGGCCAAGGCGAAGGCGAAGUUGAAUAUCCCGCUUGGGACGGAGCAUGAGGCGGAGCGUUGGCGGGGCGGGGAGAUGGCGGAGGUUUAUGAGGAUGCGUUGCGGACGUUGUUGCGGCUCCAGGGCGAGUCGCAGGGUCCUGGGACGGAGGGGCCAGAUGGCAGUGGUAAUAGCAAUGCCCUUGCGUCGACGCUGGGCAAGGCCGAGCGGGCUGGUCGGGCCGUGGAGGUCGUUGAGAAGAAGUGAAGUGAUUGUUUACCGGUGUUUUGUUUCCUUUUCUACUCGGGUCUAUUGAUGCGUUGGAUGGCGUCGGCAGUCAGGUCUUGGGAUGAUACCAAUUGGUUUAUGGUAACGUUAUUCUAAUGAAGUACGCAUAUUGAAAGCGC